AUGGCGCCAGCAAGAUCCAGGACACCUACGUCCAUACGCGCUUCCGACAGCCAUGAUCGAGUGGUUGAGCAACAACACGUCCAACCUCAGACACCAGCUUGCCGAGGUGGAGGUGGUUGUCGGAGUGUUGUGGCUAGAAAGUCCCGGUCGGCCUCUAGCCAUCGAUCGGCGCCGUAUCCGUAUGGCUUCGCCAACUGGCCGCGCUUCAACCUCCAAACGGGGACGCACGACCACUCUGAGAAGUUGUGGCCCGUCGAUCCUCCCGCCCAAGACCAGGUCUACAUGGAGGAAGACCCCUACAAGUUCAACGGCAAACAUGUGCGCCAUCUCAAGCACCGUAGCGAUGUGGUGCGAGCCUUCAGGCGCACGCCUGCCGAAUUAUGGGGCAGGCAAGCAAGGAACGGAGUCUGGAUGUGCAGCAUGGAAAGCCCGACAGUCAACCCGAUGGAUCUACUCAUCAACAAACCGUCGCCAGCAGCAAUGCCUCCACCGCCCAUCUUCAGACCUGAUAUGCAACCCACCGCAUCUCGCCUGCCUAUUUCGCGCGUUGUUUUUCGCCGUCCUGGGCUGACACCGCUCCCUGCUUCUGGCCUCAAACAGAUCGGAGUCUACUCCCAACAGCCACAGCCAGCUUCCCUCCUUACAAAAUUGACAGCAGACCAUACUUCAGGCACUCCGCCUGUCGUUGGCGUCAACAAGGCGCAAGUCCCCAUCGACACCCCACAUCUACACCAGGCCCCUCUUGCUGCAUAUUCGCCGCCAAGUAGCGCUUCGAGCACUCCAUCCGUUGGUCAAGCCAAUAAUGCACAGAUCAUGGCCCUAUCCCCAGGAUACCGCGCGCCGCCGGCCAUGAUGUCCGCUCAGGCGAGUAAUCCCUCAGCCAUGCAGCCAGUCGCGAUGUAUGGACACGCGCCGCCAGCUCCCAUGCUUGCGGCUCCCGGACCGCUCUAUGGGAUGUUGGUACCGCAUCUUCAGAACGAGAGUGUGCCAACUGGCUACCGAGUGGAUGUUCCUUCACGCGUUCAUGGCGGAAACCACUAG